UUUUGACAGUUCAAUAUUUUUAGCGUUGUCGUUUGUCGUAUUUAUUUCACGAAUAAACAUACAAAACUAUUAACAAUUCUAGAUUAAAUUGAUAUUAUUUGGUAAAUCAAAGUUGUUUGUACGAAAUUAUCUUUGCUUGGUGUGCAAUUUAUCAACUAUAAACCCUGGAAUGUUGACUGGACUGUCUGAAAAUAUUGUCGACGAACAGGUGUUUUUGAAUGAAAUGUGUGUUGAGGUUCCCACCGUAAUUAAUUUAUAGUGUCGUGAAUAAUACAAAAGUGUAUCGAUCGCAAUAGAAUAUAACCGGGGUGACCGGCGCCCUUCACGUUCGUACAUAAGUUUAAGUGGGUGACGAAAAUCCGUGAUAACAAGGGACGCCGCUAAUUUGUUAAGCGUUUUGAGCGAAAGACAAACAUGUCCCACCGGGGCUGACGGACUCUUGAGCGCCAUGGUAGGGUUGCCUGCGAGGCAAUAUAUUAUGAAGUACGGUAGCAGGUGAGGAGGAGCCGUGGCGAGUAUGCCGCACCAGUACGGGGCGGGCGGGAUGGCGCAGGGCCCGCCGUCGCCGCCGCCGCAGCACGGCGCUCUGUACCCGCGUUACGCCAACGCGGCUGGACCCGGCGCCGGCGCCUACCGCCCCGAGGAGCGUCGCCUCACCAGGGAAGCUAUGGAGCGAUAUCUGCGCGACCGCUCCGAUAUGGUUGUUGUCAUAUUGCAUGCAAAAGUCGCCCAGAAAUCUUAUGGAAAUGAAAAGCGAUUCUUUUGUCCGCCACCCUGUAUAUAUUUAUUUGGAGAUGGUUGGCGGCUGCGGCGUGAGCGCAUGCUCCGCGAGGGUGAGACCGAACAGGCUGCACAGCUUUGUGCCUUCAUUGGCAUCGGAAACUCUGACCAAGACAUGCAGCAAUUGGACCUCAAUAAUGGAAAGCAAUAUUGUGCUGCCAAAACAUUAUACAUAUCAGAUUCAGAUAAAAGGAAACACUUCAUGUUAUCAGUAAAGAUGUUCUAUGGAAAUGGUCAUGACAUUGGUAUUUUCAAUAGCAAAAGAAUAAAAGUUAUUUCUAAGCCCUCAAAAAAGAAGCAAUCUCUGAAGAAUGCUGACUUGUGUAUUGCUAGUGGAACAAAGGUAGCAUUAUUCAACCGUUUGAGAUCACAAACGGUGUCAACUAGGUAUCUACAUGUUGAGAAUGGCAAUUUUCAUGCAUCCUCUACGCAGUGGGGAGCAUUUACCAUACACUUGUUGGAUGACAAUGAAAGUGAAUCAGAGGAGUUUGCAGUGAGAGAUGGUUAUGUGCACUAUGGGUCUACGGUGAAACUUGUUUGCUCUGUGACAGGGAUGGCUCUGCCUAGACUGAUUAUAAGAAAGGUGGACAAACAAAUGGCCCUAUUAGAAGCUGACGACCCUGUUUCUCAACUCCACAAAUGUGCAUUUUAUAUGAAAGACACAGAACGGAUGUACUUGUGCCUUUCCCAGGAACGAAUCAUACAGUUCCAAGCUACACCUUGCCCCAAAGAGCCUAACAAGGAGAUGAUAAAUGAUGGAGCAUGCUGGACCAUCAUAUCAACAGAUAAAGCUGAAUAUCAGUUCUAUGAGGGAAUGGGACCAGUCAGGUCACCCGUAACCCCAGUACCUCUAGUCCACUCCCUGAAUCUCAAUGGCGGGGGUGAUGUAGCCAUGUUGGAGCUGGCCGGAGACAACUUCACGCCGUCCCUGCAAGUGUGGUUUGGUGAUGUGGAAGCGGAGACCAUGUACCGGUGUGCCGAGUCCAUGCUCUGUGUUGUACCAGACAUAUCGCAGUUCAGGGGGCAGUGGCUUUGGGUGCGGCAGCCUACGCAGGUGCCCGUAUCGUUAGUUCGCAACGACGGCAUAAUCUACGCUACCGGGCUAACGUUCACAUACACGCCGGAGCCCGGCCCCCGGCCCGUGUGCCCGCCGGUGGACGACGUGAUGCGGCCCGAGCAGGCCGGCUGGCAACCGGACGCGCACGCCCGCCUACCGGACAACACUCUCCAAUAGCCAAUGGACUGCAGGCUGGAGGAACACAGUCUGCAGUGAAACAGUAAGACAUUUGAGUGCGGUGAGUGUUUUGACAAUUAGUUUCAGUGCCUAAUUGUACGUUUCGACGUGGCGUGACGUUGUGAUUACACUUUAAUUGGUAUACUUAGCUAUCUGGUUAUACUGAUUACUUUUGUAACGUUGAUUACUCUACGUUGAAUACAACUAGUAACGUUGAUUACUCAAUUUGUAAGAAUCAAUUAGAGGCACCAAUAGAUCAAGCCUUUGUUCUGUCAAAUUUUGUCAUCUGGUUUGUAGCUCUUAAUAGUUUUGAUCACGAUAUUUUACGUAUUCAAUCGCAACAGUUACGCCAUGUUGAAUUAGGUGACAAGUUUUCGAGCCAUUGGUAUUUAGUGGUAGUUAGCAUCUAUCCGAGAGUCUAUUGUUUUCUACAAGGCACAUCGCAAAGCGAUACAAACAUAUUUUGGGGUGUUCACAAAAUAUGUCUACCCUAUAAUUUCUAUUUAAUGUAUUAAAAUUGUGACAUUGUAUGUAUUCAGAUGAUUAUUUCUGUAACAUACCAUACGCCUAAAAUAAGAUUUUGUCAAGUCACGGGUAAAUGUUAAGUCUCGUAGAGACUAAGCACACUUAAAUAUUUGCCUUUAAAUACCACUUUCAUCAAAAACCACAUGAAAUUAUUAACUACUACAUCAAAUCAAUCAAAAUCUGUAUUUUCCUAACUUGGACGAGUGGUCCAAGUGGAUUGAGUGCUCAAAGUGUAAAAACAGAACAGGCGGAAGCAGCAACUAAUAAAAGUCAUAAAAUAAGUGUAUACGAGAUAUAUUUCUCAACGACGUAUUUUUUAAAUUUAUAUAUAAUCAUAACAGGGUUUUCUGUAACGUUUCCCUUAGUUAUAUCAUAGUGUACCAUAGAGCACAAUUGCUAUAAAGAGAUUAUGUUCAUAUGUAUGUAGUCUAUCUUGUCGAGAUCUUAGAAUCAUUUUUGUCAAGGAAAAGGAUCUCUUCACCUCUUAGAUUCGUUUCUUCGGGGCCAAAUAGCUUAUAAUCCAUGACAAGUCAUCGUGUUUAUAUUUGAUUUCAAUUUAAUUUAAGUAGUAUUGUAAUAUUGGGUUGAGGAAUUGAACUAUGAAGAGAUUGUUUAUGCGUGAUUUAAGAUUUAAUCUGUACAUUAUUUAGAGAGGUAAGAGUUUUUAACAGUAGGCUAUUUGACUGUACCUAAAACUUCUGUUUUUUAUUUGUGGUGCCAAUAGUUUUAAUGGAACAAUGUUGGUUAUUCGGUAAUCAAAAGUAGUAAACCUUCAAAAACUUUUUUACUGAGACUAUCGUUACACAUUAUUUUUUUAUAGAUUUGACCUACUAAAGAGUGACGUCAUUUGCGUGAUAGUACAUAGUGUUAAAAUUAUCAACUUUCUUAAUAAACCCUUUCUUUUUUUAUUAAUACCUAUUAUUGAACUUUUUACUUUGCUGUUGCUGGUGUACUUCAAAAACCUCAUUAGCUUUCAUAUGUAACAAACAGCUCACACUGUCAAAUAGCCUAUUUAAUAAGUCGAAAGCCAAAUAAGCCAAAUGGGGUUGUAUAUCUCAGAUAUUUUGAAAUGCGUGUCAAUUUGUUUAGCAAUACCCCUUAUUUUUCCUAUAAGUUCAGCAUUUGCUUGCAGUUUUGCUUAAUUCUGGUCCUGUGGGCCGGAUUUGAACCAUUGUGUUAAUGUACGUAUGUAUAUUUAUGAUGGAGAUUCGAACAACUUAGAUAAGCAGCUAGUUAUAGUCCAUAGUACACUAAACAUUGUUUUAAAUUUUGGAUUUAAAAUUCUAUUUAUUUUAUUUGAAUAAUCAUAUGGAGAAUUUAUAACUGACAUUGAAUUUGUGUAUUUUAAUAAAAGUGUGAUUUCGAACAUUCCAUGUGGAAAGUGUAAUGAGAAGUACAAAAGAUAUCAAUAUUUUUGUAGCGAAACGUUGAAUUAAAAGUUUAAAAAGUUAUGGAAUUGGUAUUGUACAGUAUUACGAAGAAAUAAGUAUUAAAUCCCGGUACAAGUAUGUACUAGGGGAGCGUCGUCAAUUGGUUUGACUGUAAGUGUAAAAAAAACUACUGUUUAUAUCAUUUUACACGAUGUUUCUACACACGAAUGGACGUGAGACAACAUUUUGUUGAGACAUGACAUGUAAUUAUGGAACGAACAGUGAUUUGAGAUAAUGAAUAUUUUUAAUAAAACCGAAUUCAAAUAAAUUACAUCUUUCAUUGUAAACCUUCCACACUGUAAAUAAAGUUAGUUAA